AUGCGUUCCUUCAUCACCGCCUCGGUCCUCAUCGCCAGCGCUCUGGCCCAAUCAACCGGAGACUACCUAAAAUGCGCCACCGACACCAUCAACAGCUUCGACAAAUCGACCUUCUCCUCUUGCGACGACAAAACCGAGCAAGAAUGCAUAUGCGCCAACACAGCCACAAUCAAAAACAUAAUAACCACCGCCAUCCCCUCCUGUUCCGGCCUCGAGAUAGACAGCCUAGCAACCUACAUCUGCCCCAGCGCUCGCGUAGCCGCACCACUCAAACACGCAGGCAGACCCAUGCAACCCAUCAUCGAGAUGCGCGAUGCCACCCGGCGCGUCAUCUACGUGACCCAGACCCGCACCGACUGCAGCUGCAAGAGCUCGGCUCUCGCUGAGAAACCCAUGCAUGUCUCGCAAAUCCCUGUCAAUGUCCCAGCUUCCAGCAGUAUGGGUCUUAUGGUGGCGGCGUCGCCGACGCCUGUUGGGUAUGAGCAUGGCUUGAUGGUUGGGGCGGCUUCGUCGUCGAUGGUGUUUGGACCGAAGGGUUCUGGAGCGACGCCUUCGGCUGUGCCUGCGGGCGCUGAUGCCACGCACUUCUCGCCUUUCGAGGGGGCGGCUGCUGCGGGGGCUUCAGUGCAUGGGGGUGUUGCGGUACUUGGGGUUGCGGCUGUUAUGGCUAUCAUGGUCGCGUUGUAA